AUGAACCAUGCAAAUUGUGAGCCUGAUGUUACUGCCUACAAUAUUUUUAUCAACUACUUCUGUAAGUAUGGACAUCUCGAUCAGGCUAUUGGUGUGUUGGAGAAGAUGGUUAGCGAUAAAUGUUUUCCUGAUAUAGUUACGUACAACACACUCCUAAAUGCCAUAUGUAAAGAGGGUAUGGUGGAAGAAGCUCUUUUGAUAGCCCGUUGCAUCAGAGAAAAUGGAUGGCAGUUGGUUCGUAUUACGUACAACACCCUGAUAGAUGCUUUAGCAAACAAGGGUGAGGUGGACAAAGCUAUGACUCUGUUUGAUGAGAUGUCUAGUGAUGGGAUCAGUCCCGAUGACAUUACUUAUGGUUCACUUGUUAUGUGCUUCUGUAGGAAAAACAUGGCUGAAGAGGCCCUAGAGCUCUUGAAUCGUACACUUGCUCUUGGUUUUCAGGUUAAAGUAACUACUUUUGUCAUGGUGAUCCAGGCAUUGUGCAGAGAUAGCAAAGCGGAAGCUGCUGCUGAUAUACUGCGAGUAAUGGUAUCAGAAAUUAAAAACACCAGCAACUCAUUUUAUCUAUCUAUAGUCAGAAGAGUCGCGAAAUCAGGCAGGAUUGAAGAAGCAGAAAGGCUGCUUCAGGAAUUAGUUGACUGCAAGAUAGUGAAAGAAGAUUCCCCUGUUGUGUUGAGCAGCUAG